AUGGGGUGCGGACUUAGAAAGCUAGAAGACCCUGAUGAUAGCAGCCCUGGAAAAAUAUUUUCUACCCUGAAGAGACCGCAAGUGGAAACAAAGACAGAAUUUGCUUACGAAUAUGUAUUGCUGGAUUUUACUUUACAAGCUUCACCAAAUCCAGAAGUUAUCAAGAUAAAUUCAAUUCUGGAUAUAGUAACAAAAGUGGAAGACUAUUAUCUUAAAGGAUAUGUUGUUGGGGCCAUUCAUCCUGCUAUACAAUCUGUGGGGCAGCGAAAACACCUACCAGCAAGUUACCUAUAUCGGGUGGUGCUAUUGCGCUUGAAAUUAAGCCCGAAGCAUUCAGCAGCACCCAGGGUACAGAGACACCCAAGACUUGUGAUUGAGGAAUGUCCUCUAACUUAUGAGACACAAACAAAUGACAUGGCUAAAGAACUGAUAGAAAAGAUUAAUGUCGCUGCUAAAAAAGGAAUGAAAUUUGUUGGAUUCAUAUCACAGCAUUAUCCACCACCUAAAUACUGUAAUGGAACCAACUAUGAUGGAGAUAUAGAAUCAAUGCUGCAUGUGAGACAUAGUUCAGAUGAAAACUGUAAAAGUUGGAAUGAAGGAACAUUAAGUGGGCAAUCGUCUGAAAGUGGAAUUGAAGAAGAACUUCAUCAUGAAAGUGGACAGUAUCAAAUGGAACAAAAUGACAGCCCCAGCUCCUCUAAACUAAGAAAGGGAGAAGAUAACAAGUUGUAUAUAGUUUUCAAUGUUUUUGAUGAUGAUUCAGCAUGCUGGACCUAUCAGGAAGGAGUCCUAUCAAUGAAAGUAACAAGAAAAGGAUCUAUGAUUAGUACACUUGAUGCUGAUUGGCUACAGUUAACUACAUUUUAUUAUAAGCAAGGCUUGUCUUUAGUGGAUUCUUUUGUAUGCUGGGAAACACCUAAAGGGGACCAUUUGCCUAAAUCUUUGGAAGGAUUUUUUAUCUACGAAGAAGAAGGCUCUGGCGUUCCAGGUUCUAACAGGAAAGGAAAUGAUGCCAUUGUAGUAGAACAAUGGACUGUCAUUGAGGGCUGUGAAAUCAAAACAGAUUAUGGCCCUCUGCUACACACUCUGGCUGAAUUUGGAUGGCUCCUGACAAGCGUGUUGCCUACACCCAUAUUGAGACAUGACAGUGAGGGGAAUCUGGCUACAAAGCAGGUGGUAUUCCUUCAGAGGCCAGUUAUGUGGAAUUCAGCUGUGCAGACCCCAGAAAGGAAAGCAAGCCGUUUUAUGAAAGGCGACGACAGAAACAAAGUCAGCUGCAGGAGCAUCGGAUUAGAAGAAGGCGGGUCACAGCCUACGGAGGCCAGAGUCCCGCCGGAAGAGGGCCGCUUCUCGCCUUCAGGAGAAUGCUGGACCAAGGAGGGAAGGCCAGCACAGUGCAGUGGCUUCUCGGGGUUCAGCAGCAGCGACAGUGUCCUCCGGGAACUAGACGAAGGACAGUUUGACCAGGAGGACGGAGUGACUCAGGUCACUUGCAUGUGAGCCUCCAGGUGAAAGAACAGAGGUCCUGUAAAUAGUCAUUAAAAUAAUUGCCAACUGA